AUGCACACGGAGGGACUGGUUCCGGACAGCCUGACCAUCGUGAUCGCAGCCUGCGACCGCAGCGGUGCCUGGGACGUGGCCCUGAUGAUGCUGGACGAUGCCAGGGAGGAGGAGGACGGCGGCGACGGUGAAAACGAGGGAAGAAGGGUGAAGACCAAGGGCAAGGCUAACGUCUUCGCCUACACGGCGGCCAUCUCUGCCUGCGGAAAGGCCGGUCGCUGGGAGGAGGCCGUGGGUCUGCUGGACGUAUUAGACCUUAUGCACGCGUGUGCAGCCAGCGCUCAGCCCGCGGACAACCCUCCAGGAUUCAACCGGACCCUUGAGGGGGGGCGUGAAUCGGUCGGGGGAGACGCACAUUGGGGCGCCGACGGGGGUUCGUCGUCGGGGUUGGUGCAGGCGUACAACCACGUAAUUCGCGCCUGCGGGGCCGCCGGCGGCGCCGAAUUUGUCCUCGCGCUGCUGCAAGAAAUGCACCGUAGGGGGGUUCCGCCGGAUGCAGCGAGCUAUUCGGGGGGGAUCAUCGCCUGCGAUCUGGCCGGCAUGUGGCGUGAGGCCGUUGGCCUGCUGGACGACAUGCGACAAGAAACGGGCAUAGAGCCGGACCUGGUGUGCUACAACUGCGCCGUUAAGGCGUGCGGCAGCAGCGGGGAAUUCGAGCAAGCGCUGAGCAUCGUAGAGACGAUGGGAAAACGCGGUGUUGCGCCUGAUGAGAGCACCUACAGCAACGCCAUCACCGCGUGCGGCAACGCUGGCAAAGCCAAGAUAGCGGUAGGACUGCUCCAGGCGAUGAAGGACGACGGUGUGCCCGCGGGGCUGGUCGCUCACAACGCCGCGAUUGGUGCGUGCGACAAGGCCGCAGAGUGCUCGCUCGCGCUCUCGGUGUUGAAGGACAUGCGUUCGGCCCGGAUUCGACCCGACGCCAUUAGCUACGCCGGAGCCAUAAGCUCCUGCGACAAGGCCGGAGAAUGGCGUCUCACCCUCGGGCUGUACGAUCAAAUGGUGGCCGACAUGGCUGCGGACGCCUCCGCUUCGUCGGCUGACUAUGAGGCGGAAGCUUAUCAACCAAGAAGGGGCGAGAGUGGGGUUUCCUCUCGCACCGAAGGCGUUUCGAAGGGGCCGGGGGUGCUGCUACCGCCUCCCCGGGCUACGGUGGCCGCCCUCACUGCUUGCGCGAGGGGGGGGCAGUGGGAAAAAGCGGUGGGUAUCCUUCGUGACGUGCAGAACAAUACCGGCCGGGUGGAGGUCGACCGCAGCGGCAGCGGUGAUCACUCCAGCGGUAAUGGUGGCAGCGGGGUCUGUACGUACUUCAAUCAGGCGUCGUCUCUGGCCUUCAACGCGGCUCUGGUUGCUUGCGCAAAGGGAGCUGAAAUGGAGGCGGCGGAGGGGCGAGAGGGCGGCUGGCGAGAGGCCCUCGAGGUCCUGGAUAUGGUGUCGGGGUCUCUCCUUGGCGCGAGUAUCAUACGUGCCAGGGACGACGCUGCCCGAGAAAUCUUGGAUUCGAUGGCCUCGGAGGGGGUAGAGCCCGACGCAAGGUGCUACCGCUUCGCGGCGGAGGCGUUCGGACAAUCAGGGGACGGAAACGACGCGUCCCCUGAAGCAGAGCAGUUCUCCAAGAUCGCCGAACGCUUGGAGCUGGAAGCGGCAGGGAAAGAUCCGAGAAGACGCGGCGGCGGAGGUGGCGGUGGCGAUGGGGCUAUUAGCUGUGGCCUUGAUGAGGCUCUGAGCGACAUGGGUAUAUCCGGAACAGCGGGGCUUGAGGAGUUGCUGGCAAAGGCGGGGGAUGUCGAAUUUAGGAGCGUGGGGCGCGAUGAGGAGACGACAUGACGGAGGCUCCGAUGCUGCACUUGGAUUGACCCUCGCCCUGUGCCGUCAGCGGACUUGGAAUCUGAGCGAGGGCUGGUUUUCUUCUGUGUCACCUUGAGCCCUUGGUUGCUACCGCUUCCCUCAGGACAUGGUUAUUUUCCCGGAGUGUGUUGCGGUAGAAAAGGUGCUAAAACGAAAACAAGAAUCUAGUCCCGUCCGUUGUGGCUGCAGCGGGAUCCUGGUUCCAUGCACCUCGUUGUUGUGCGACGUGCGGAUCGAAAUCCCUUCGCUUUCCUUGCCACCUGACGACGGCGGUAAAACCUUGAGACGAAAUAUUUUGCUCGCCGCUGUGGCGCAGACG